AUGAGUGAGUCUCUUCCUGAUUGGUUCAACAAGGGCAGAGGGAAACCGAAGCAACAAGUAGUGCUGACUGAAGCAACAACAGACAAACUGAAACGAAAGAUAGAGGUCCUAGGACUGGAUUUAGCUCAGAAAAAACGUACACCAUUAUUCGCUUUAGCUGAAGCUAGUAAAACAACAGCUUGUUCUCAAUUAUGGUCCUCCAUCAUUUCAUCAAUUACAAAGCAAUUACAGGAAUUCAAUUACAUCAAUCAAACUAAUGCAGAAUUAAAUAUCUCGUUAACGCUUUCUGAUCCAAUACACCCAACAAUGCGGUACACUAAAUUCCGAGUCAUAACACUUGACGAAAACAACAACAUGGUCGAAAAGAAACAUAAUCGAUUGUCCAUUGAAGAAGUUGAACGUAAUAUCAUCAACACUGGUUUAAGCAAAAAACAAAUUAAAAAGUUGUAUGAAACAAAAUACAUUCCAUUCAGUGACCGAACCAUUUCGAAAUAUCGGAAAGGGAUUAAGGAUGAAAUAGCAAAAGAGAUGAUUAUCAUCAAAAGCAACAACGAUAUCAAAGGCUUUGCGAUUGAUCCAAUUCAGUCUUUUUCAAAAUUAUUAACAAAUACAAAAGUAAUAGAAGUGAUACGCUCGACAGGAAAAUGGUUGGAACAUGCUCCGAUUUCUGGAUUCAGAAGCCGAAAAUUUGGAUUUAACAAAAAAGGAGAAUUUAAAGUUUAUUCAAUGGCAAGAGUGUCCACUGAUGCCCAUAAAUUAAGUAGGAAAGUGAAUGAAAUACUUUGCUUUUUAGGGCUUGUUAUUUGCGAUGCUGCACAACAUCAUAGUAAUUACAAAUUAUUGGCAGCGUUACCUAAAAACAGCGACAAUCAUUGUACAUUAUUGAGCUCAUUCAAGCCAAUUGAAUCAUUGAUUGCAAAAUUUGAAAGCCAUCGGUUUAUAUUUGAAUUACCAAUUGCUCUAUUUCAGAAAGAUUCGUUUUUGAAAAAUUUUGUGAAAACCUGUACCUCAGAGAAAAUUAUUAUUCGGUUGCAAUUUAAUGUAGCAAUGGGUGGAGAUUUAAAAAACAUGCUUGCAUUGCAAACGGAUGAUAAGAAUAGAAUAUGUUUUGUAUGCCCCAUUGAUUAUGAAACACACAAACAAUUCUUGUUUUCGCUCAAGUGGAAAAACAAUAAUCGAGCUCAAGAAAUACUGAAAAUGUUGUUUCAGUCCAAAGAAAACACACGAAAAUCAUUACGAGAGACAAUUGAAGGCAAAAUCCAAAUUGAAACCUGGGAUUGUUUCACUGAACUUUUUACUGACAAGGGACACCGACACCCUGGUUUAGGUGAUAUUAUUUUCGCCAAUAUUUCCAUUUUACGAAGAAUUCCUGACAUUUUGCACCAAUUCAUGAGAUUGGGAGAAAAUCAUUUACAGAUUGCAUUGCAUGCUGCAUUGAAAAUUUCAAAGCAAUGUCAAAAAGAGUUGAAACAAUACUACAAGGACAAAGGAUAUUAUGGCCAAAAUGACAAAAUUAAUUUAAUGGGAGACGAUGUAUGGGAAACAUAUGGCAACAAAAUUAUUGAAGAUAUCACUCAAAUCAUGGAAAAGCACGCAAGUAAUCAACAACUCUCUACUCUUGCAUACGUUUGGAUUGGAAAGGUGACAAGAAUAUUUCAAGCAGGAUCUGAACUCGUUAAAUUAUUGGUACAACCAACAUUUUGCUCAGACAAUGAUUUACACAACGUUGCAAAGAAAAUUGACCAUUAUAUUUCUGUCAUUGUCCCUGUUAUUGGAGACACAAUAGGCACGUAUUGGAAAAUGCUUUAUUAUUUACACAUUCUCCAAGAACAUGUGAUCAUGUAUUUAUUUAUUUACAGAACAUUGUACCCAUUUGCCAUGACAGUGCAUGAACGACUGAACAAGUAUGGCAAAGAUAUGUUCGCUCAUACUAUGAGGUUUGGAGGGAACGGAAAUCCCACGAGAAUUUAUCGUACCUCUUCCAACGAACAGCUUGUGGAAGACAGAUACCUCGCAACCCUAAACCAGUACUAUUACCUCUUCUGCUGCAUGACAGCUAACGAAUAA